GCUGGGAGCUGGAUUAUGGUGGCCUGACCAGCAAACGCAGCCGCAGGAGCCCAGGACCCCUGCCCCUUCCUCCGCUGCCGACCCACCAGGAGGACCAGGAAACCAGCCGUGACCUGCCAUGCCCGCCCCUCCCACCCCCCCAGGGGGCCAGAGCCCUCCUCUCCCAGACCUCUGCUGAGGCUGGAUGCCGGCGGCCAGAUGUAGCCAGCCUUCGGAUCCAUCUCCUCCCCUUCUCUCUCCUUGCGGAUUUCUCCGGCCUGAUACCCACAGCCUGGACGGCGGGCUGGCCGAGGGGCCUGCAGGCUCUGGAGCCCCGAUGCCUCACAGCUCACUCUCCUGAGAAGCUGCCACCAGCGCCCAGAGUUGGGGGCAGGCAACAGGGACGGACGUGGGCCAGAGUGAGCCCAGAGAGGCCCGAAGGCCAGGGCCCACCAUGGCCCAAGUACUGCCCUGGCUCCUGCUGUGGGUGGGCUCGGGAGUGCUGCCUGCCCGCUGCACCCAGCCGGGCAUCCGACUGCCCCUGCGAAGCGGGCUGGGGGGCGCCCCCCUGGGGCUACGGCUGCCCCGGGAGACUGACGAGGAGCCGGAGGAGACCGGCCGGAGGGGCAGCUUUGUGGACAUGGUGGACAACCUGAGGGGCAAGUCCGGUCAGGGCUACUACGUGGAGAUGACCGUGGGCAGCCCCCCACAGACGCUCAACAUCCUGGUGGACACAGGCAGCAGCAACUUUGCAGUGGGGGCUGCCCCCCACCCUUUCCUGCAUCGCUACUACCAGAGGCAGCUAAUUCUGCCUCCUUUCCACAGGUCCAGCACAUACCGGGACCUCCGGAAGGGCGUGUAUGUGCCCUACACCCAGGGCAAGUGGGAGGGGGAGCUGGGCACCGACCUGGUGAGCAUCCCCCAUGGCCCCAACGUCACUGUGCGUGCCAACAUCGCUGCCAUCACUGAAUCAGACAAGUUCUUCAUCAAUGGCUCCAACUGGGAGGGCAUCUUGGGGCUGGCCUAUGCUGAGAUCGCCAGGCCCGAUGACUCCUUGGAGCCAUUCUUUGACUCCCUGGUAAAGCAGACCCACGUUCCCAACCUCUUCUCCCUGCAGCUCUGUGGUGCUGGCUUCCCCCUCAACCAGUCAGAAGUGCUGGCCUCGGUCGGAGGGAGCAUGAUCAUUGGGGGGAUUGACCACUCACUGUACACGGGCAGCCUCUGGUACACACCCAUCCGGCGGGAGUGGUAUUAUGAGGUGAUCAUUGUACGGGUGGAGAUCAAUGGACAGGAUCUGAAAAUGGACUGCAAGGAGUACAACUAUGACAAGAGUAUCGUGGACAGUGGCACCACCAACCUUCGUUUGCCCAAGAAAGUGUUUGAAGCUGCUGUCAAAUCCAUCAAGGCAGCCUCCUCGACGGAGAAGUUCCCAGACGGUUUUUGGCUUGGGGAACAGCUGGUGUGCUGGCAAGCAGGCACCACUCCUUGGAACAUUUUCCCAGUCAUCUCACUCUACCUGAUGGGGGAGGUCACCAAUCAGUCCUUCCGCAUCACCAUCCUUCCACAGCAAUACCUGCGGCCAGUAGAAGACGUGGCCACGUCCCAAGACGACUGUUACAAGUUCGCCAUCUCACAGUCAUCCACGGGCACUGUUAUGGGAGCUGUUAUCAUGGAGGGCUUCUACGUUGUCUUUGAUCGGGCCCGAAAACGAAUUGGCUUUGCUGUCAGUGCUUGCCACGUGCACGAUGAGUUUAGGACGGCAGCGGUGGAAGGCCCUUUUGUCACCCCAGACAUGGAAGACUGUGGCUACAACAUUCCACAGACAGAUGAAUCAACCCUCAUGACCAUAGCCUAUGUCAUGGCUGCCAUCUGCGCCCUCUUCAUGCUGCCACUCUGCCUCAUGGUGUGUCAGUGGCGCUGCCUCCGCUGCCUGCGCCAUCAGCACGAUGACUUUGCUGAUGACAUCUCCCUGCUGAAGUGAGGAGGUCCAUGGGCAGGAGACAGAUUCCCCUGGACCAAAUGUGGGUGGUUCACUUUGGUCAUGAGUAGGAGACACAGAAGGCACCUGUGGCCAGAGCACCUCAGGACCCUCACUCCCCCACCAAAUGCCUCGCCUGACAGGAAGAAAGGAAAAGCUGGCAAGGUGGGUUACAGGGAUUGCACCUGUAGGAAACAGGAGAGGGAAGAAAGAAGCGCUCUGGUCGCAGGAGUACUCUUGGUCACCUCAAACUUGAGUUGGGAAAAUUCUGCUGCUUGAAACUUCAGCCCUGAACCUUUGCCUGCCAUCCCUUUUGAAUCUCCAACCCAAAGUAUUCUUCUUUUCUUAGUUCCAGAAGUAGUGGCAUCACACCCAGGUUGCCCCCAUGUGUGUCUCUGCAGAAGCCUGGCAGAGAAAGAGCCAAUCUUGUUUUCCUGCUGGCCACAGUCAGUAGGAGCGGAUGCAGUGUGCUAUUUGCUUGAGAGACAGGGCCUGCAUAAACAAGCCGAACAUUGGUGCAGAUUGCCUCUUGAACCAAACAAAAAGUUAGAGUGAAUAUUUGUGCAAAUGGGGGUGGUUGGAAGAGGAGAAGGAGAGGCAGCGCAAAGACAGGGAACAGUUGGGAUCAAAGCUAAGAAAGGCAGAAACAUGCCCACUCGCCAGUCCCAGUUUUAGACUUCAUCUCCAAGACAGAAUCCCAUCUCGUAAGAUGGGUGUUACUUCCCAAUGUUUUCUUCUCUGUGGUUGCAGCCUGACCAAAAGUGAGACGGGAAGGGCUUACUUAGCCAAAAAGCUCUUUUUAGCUCUCUUAAAUGAAAAGUGCCCACUGAGAAGUUCCAACUAACAAAUGAAUUUCUACCUUAUUAAUUCCACUUGCCCCACCUGAACCCGUUACUCCACAUAUGAUAGGUGGCACUGAAAUAGCCCAACUCCCCUAAGCCCCAGGUGCCCUGUGGGAAAGCAAUUGGAAUAUAGCAAAUACAGCAGGGCUGGGCUUUGUCUUCCUGGGUACAUGUUCACUCCCUCCCCUAAACUUCUACUCCCCUGGAGCUUUGCAGCUGAGGUGCUAGAAUAGAUAGGAGACCUCUCCUACCUAAUCCUUGAAAGCAGAAUUCUGAAGAUUCAUCCAACAGGUAUCGGGUUGAUGCCCCAUCCCUCUGCCUGGAUUUCUUCCUGUUCAGCUGUUAAGUAGUAGUAAGAUCUUUACAUAAUACAGCGGUUUCAUUAUUCUCUCACCCUCUAAUGUCCCUCCGUUUAUUUGGCUAAGGCAUCCCGCAGGGGCACUUAUAGGGUAUAAUAGUAUUAUACCAAGAGUGUCAGGAGCACAGGGAUUUCUGGCUCUAGCAUCAUUGCCUUCAGUAUCAAGGCUGCCUAGAGAAAGGAUGGCAGCCACAGGGCUUCCUUAUUUCCUUCACCACAAGAGU